AGUAACACUAAUCAAAGCUGGCAUAUGAAAAGUGCGUGGAACUAAUGAAAAAGUGAUAUAUAUCACACGGAUAUAAUACAGUUCAGUGCUAUUGUGAUGUCAGUGGGAAAAAGAGUGAUUGGUGCAAAAAUGCAAUGGGCUGGAGGGGGGAGCGAGCACAGUUGAUUGUCCGCCGCAGAGACACGUAACUGACACUCGAGUGUCAGCUCUCUUCGAAAGCGGUCAUCUGAUUGUCGAAAUGUCGGCAGCAGGUUCGGCGGUGGCGAUGAUAGGUGCGAACCUUCGGUUCGGUUCGGCGGGUGCCACCAACUCUACUAUCUUGAACCACACGCGGCACUGCCCCCCAGGCGGCGCCGCGAGCGCUGCGGCGCUGCUAGCGCUGUCGGGCUUGGGCAUGUCCGCUAACUUAGCGCUGAUGACCGUUAUACUGAGCAAGAAGCAAUUGCGAAGGUGGUCACACGGACUGUUGUUCCACCAAGCGAUAGUCGACUGCGCGCGCGCCGCCAUCUUGCUGCCGCUGGGCAUCGCCGUGUUCCGCUGCCAGCCCGUCUACAAGUGCUCGCUCGUUGAAACGGCUUUCUUACUACUGGUGACGGUGUCAACAGUAAAUAUGCUCACGACAGUUCUUAAUGAUAGUCCCAUUUUUCCGGAAAACGAGGAAGAGCAGGCUGAUUUAUCUGCCCCAUUACUGAUGGAUAGCCCGCAGUGCGUCCUUUUCGGUACAUUCAUGAUAUGGUUCGCUUCGAUCACAAUAAAUCUUGGUCCGACAUUCUUAUCGGGAGCUCUAGCCGCCAGUGCCGGCUCCUAUGGAUCUUACGGAGCGUCGCCCUCGUGUCCGCUCGUUCGGGGACCCUUCAGGCAUUAUGUACUCAAUGCCCUCUGGAUAGGUGUCAAUGCUGUUUGUGUCGGCUUGACGCUGUUCCAUCUCAAGAAACUUCACAGGGACCUAACAAAGGCUAACGUAGAAGCAGUUCGAGUAGCUGGUUUAGUGACUACACUCGUCAGCAUGGCAGGUGACAACAGGCGCAUGGACUCGCUGCCCAACAGCGUUGGACCCAGGACUGUAGACGGUACGCUGGCAGAUGGGCACAGCCGUCCCAGCGGAAAUCUGCCGCUAGGUGGCGGGCGUCGCCUGAGGGGGUACCUCGCGCGGGUGGAGCGGGAGGGGGUGCGGCGAGUGCGCAUGUUCCUUGUCAUCACCGCUGCCUACAUACUGUUCUGGGGGCCAUUGUUCAUGAUAACGCUUUUGCAUCACCCGGCUUUGACAUCGCACGUAGCUUAUGAAAUGUACUUCCAAAUCACACUGCACAUAUCGUACGUGCACGCUGCAGUCAACCCGCUGCUGUUUAUGGCGCUGCAUCGUGCGUUGCGGCGAGCAGCGUUGCAACUGUGCUGCGGCUGCUGCAUUCAUUGGAGCCAAUUUGUGUUGGCUUUGACUGCGGCGGCCCAGUCCCCGCUGGCGCCGUCGUCGUUCUCGCCAGCGGCAGCAUCGCCGGAGCCCCCACCAGCGCCGCCUCCUCCCAUGGUCCCGCCCGCGCCGUCAGUCCCCGCGCCGCCGCCGGCGCCCGGCACGCCUCACACGAUGAUGAGUUGGGAAGUUGAGGGGUGUGACGCUGAGAGUAUGUCGAGUGCGCGUGUGCAGGGAGACGAGGAUAUGAUGGGCGAGCCGUGGAGCGGCGGCGUGCGGCGCCCCGCGCGCUCCCCCAGCCCGCUGCUGCCCGCGAUCUGAGCCACCCGCUUCGACACCGACAGCGCCGGCACCGGCUCGUACACAUAUCCGACCCACUUGGCUGCCAAUAUCGUCCACCUUGCCGAGACUUUGCUGUAUAUAAACUAAUCGAAUUUGUACAUAAUAAAGUCGUAUGUUUAGAUUUGUGUCUAUUUAUUAUUGUCAAGUUUUAUGCUUAAGGUAGGGUUACCAUUUAGAAAUUGGAAAUUUAUGAUAACUUUUAAUAAUUUUACGUUUUAUUUGCCGACUGCUACCUGUACCAUGAACUAAAUCGCCUACCAUGUAUUUGAACUACUGCUAUUAUCAUCCUUGGCGAGACUAUGUUGUAAAAACUUGAGUAUAAGUAUUUUGUCAAAUUGGUUGUUGCAACUUACAUCUCUGUUAAUUUAUUAUGGACCCCUUAGCUAGCUAGCUAGGGUUUUUCGAUAAAACAAAUUGUAUAACGUAUAAUUUCAAUAAAAGACAGGACAUUUGCUUAUUAUUUUCCUUGCAUUUGCCUUGCAUUUUGCUACCUGCGAUCUGAUACAUACACAUAUCUGACCUACUUGGCUGCCCUUAUCACCCACUUUGCGGAAAGUAUUAGCUGACCCGCCGAACUCCGUACUGCUUACAAUAAUUUGCAGGAAAUGAAAGCUAUCCGUUCAAAAGAAACUGCUUUUACCAUAGUUAGCAACUGUUUGGAGAAAUCAUAUUUAAUGCCAGCUGAAAAUUCAUUACAUGGCACUACAAACUCGAUUAAAAGAGGCAAGCUCUUAUUUCAUUGGCAGUAAUCAAUCUUGGAAUAAGUCGCAUUGUUUGGCGGAAAUCGCUAGACAUUGCGCUCCCGAAACACCUUAAUCUAUCUAUCUACAAUUUUUUAAAACAAUAUGGCCGUUAUUCCAGAAGAAGCGACUGUUACCCCAAUGUUAGAUUUCCCAAGUUCAGUGGCCAAAUUCUAAAAUUUCACGUCCGUAUUCCGCGGGAAAGUCAACGGAACCGUGUGAUCACUAACGACUGGUCUCAAUAAUCGUGAAAGGUUACUUUAACAUAAUGCAAAAUGCAUUAAGAUUGGUUUCCAGGUAUUUGCCCAAUAUCCUAGAAACUCAGUUAGUCCAUUAGUAAACCCUAAUGACUUAACUAUUGGGAAAUUGUUUUAUUUUUUGGAAACUAAAGAUUUUUGUCAUGCUGAAAGGUUGAUACCAUUUGCUAGCCAAAACAUAAGUAUAAUUUCUGUGCCUCAUUAGUUUGAUGUAUGCUAUUUUUGUUAUAUUCCUUUAAAUAUCUAGUACCCAUAUCUCUGAUUUGGUUGGAGUGAAUGCCAAAGCUCAGACUUAUGCGUCUCCUGAUGUGAGUUGUCAAUUAUGGAUGCUGGCGGAAUAACAAACUUUAUUUUAAAACUAUUUCUUGCAUUACAUUAUCUCCGUGAUUUUUUUAAACAUUUUCUUUUGUACAAACCUUCUCAUUACAAUAUCGUACACAAUAAAAAAAUAAUUAUCCAAUUUGGUGCAGUCGUUCGGAAGUGAUGUGCAUACAUACCUUUCCAAAAUUCAUUUUUAUAUAACUAGAUAUAACUUAAGAAUUCAUCUCACGGCAAUAAUUGCUUUUGCUUAUAUAACUUAACCUGUAGAAUUUGUACAGUGUUCGCAGUCGUGAUAUCACCACUUAUAUUCUUAUCUAAUACCUUUUAUUAUGAGGUCUCAAGUUAGGGAUACCAUUUAAAAUUUUUAAACAUAGGUACUGAGGAAAAUUCGAAAAAUAAAAAUAAGUUCGGGAAAAAAGACAUACACUGUGUUUUAUUUUAGACUUCAGCUUCAAAUGAAAAUAAAAUUAAUAUUAUUAGAGAAUUACUUGUCCGGAAAAAAACCUAUGGAUGGUAACCCUAUUUUAAGUGAAUUCUUACAUUGUAAUUAGGUAAAUACAAUUCGAAGUUACUAAUCUUUGUAACUGUCUACUUAUGAAUAGAAUGUAAAUGUUGUAAAUUACGUAGGUAUUAUAAUUUAAAACUAAAAUUAUAUAUUAAGAAAAUCAUAAAGCUCAAUUCUAAAAAACCGAUGAAUGUGUAGUAAAAUGUAUAUUGUCACACCAAAACUCUAAAUAGUUGUUACUAACCGUGGCGUAAGAACCUAUUAGAUGAAAUUGGAAUCGAAUGAAAUUAAGUAAUUUUAUAUAUUUUUGUCAAUGUCUAUCACGGUAUUAUACUAAUAAUAUUAUCUGAACACCACUUAGAUAGGAGAAAACACUAAAUUAUAUUAAAUGUAAGUUUAGUAUCUGACUUGGUACCUAGUUGUCGAAAUAAAAUACUUUCUCCGUACAGUCCUAUGUGUACAGCACCAAAUUUUUAUUUAAUUUCAUAAAUCACUUUUAUGUCAUGGUCAAAUAGGAUGUCCGUUACUCACUAUAUUCUAUUUGACAGAUCUGUUCCCUGUUCUGAACCAUGAAAACUGUGCUUUCUUCGUCUUCUUCUCUUCGUGUCGAGGUUCCACUUAUAAAGAUGCUGACUGACUGCUGACUCAUACGACUUCUCUCCUGAUCACUGGGGGUGGGUAGAGUUUGUUGAGAGGGGUCGGCUUGAGGCAGGCGUCACAGAGCGCGGCGGAUACGAGACCAGCGUAUACGGAUCGAUGCCAGACUAGACAGGCGUAUUCACCUACGCCAAGACACAGCGCCAGUGCAAUCGUGCGCUAGGUGUGAGCUGAAGCACCCCAGCUUGCUGAAUUAAACUUGCGUUGCAAAUUAUUUCGAGAACUGACUUUGCUUUGGCUAUUACAGCAGUGCCUCCUUAAGGUCAGAGACCUGCCCAGUGUUAUUCCCAAGUAUCGGGGAUGAGAGCAGUGUUCGAUCUCGAUUCCAUCCCACGCCAGGUUUAGGGUCCUCCGUGCCUGCUUAUUGCGUAGGUGAAACACGCAGGUCUGCGUUUUACUUGAGUUCGGCCGGAGGCAGUUUUUUUAUAAUAUUGGCUUAAGUUUUCUAGUACCGCCGAGAGUAUCUUCUCCGUCUCUUCAAAGGUUUGAUACUGUGCAGCCAUGGCGAGGUCAUCUGCAUAGAUGAAGCGUUGGGUUCCUGGUGCGUUAGGCUAGUCGUUUGUAUUUAAAUUGAAGAGAGUCGGUGCCAGAACGCUGCCCUGUGGAAGACCAACCUUUUGGCAGCACCAGCGGCUUUUCUGCGUGUGUAGUUGGACUUGAAAACGGCGAUUACAAAGUUACCGCUCAAGAUUCGGACGAAGCCCAUAUCUUUCGUAAUGUUGACCAUCUUAAUCAGCAGAGACCUGAUAUUAACUGUGUCGUAUGCCGCAGGUAAAUCAACAAACACAACCCCAGUGACUAUGCUGAGUUCGUAUCCAUCCUCGAUGUACUGAGUUAGUUUGAUCGCCCGGCCUGUGCAUAAUUUUCCGGGUGUGCUAUGAUUAUUUCACACAAGGUGCAAUUUAGUUUUGACCGCAAGUUGUCGCAGCCGUGGUCAAAGGCAGGCGCCGCUCUACUCUAUAGUGGCCAAAGAAAUUCUUAGCGCUAAAAAACUUAAUUCGAUCGCCUUGAAAGUUCAUUGUUUUAAUACACCUACCAAAACUUAACAGAGAAAAAAUAAGUAUUCGAAAAAGUAUUGAAUGGGUCCAGUAAAAAUAUUAAAAACUAACAUCUGCUAGCGUCUUCGUCUCCGUUAUUUUAGUGUCACGCAACUUUCUUAUGAUUUCCGUUAUCUUUCCAAUAUUUUAAAAAUUUUAAGGAAAAUCAUUACUGGGCUCUUGAAAAUCCGCACUGUUAUGUUAAGUUACUAAGAUGAUUACAAUAUAGUGUGGCGUCUUGUGAUCAUGACAUUUUAAACAGACAAAAUACAGAUAGUUUUCGUUCCUCCUCUAAAUACACUAGGUACUCGUUAAGACUGAUAUUUGUUUUUACUGAAACCUUUCGUACCCUUUCAUAGCUGUUUAUCAUAAUGUAAGUACACCUACGACUUUUAUAUUGCAUCAUUAAGUACAUAAACUAUGACUGAUGUUAUCACCACAUAAAUUUUAAAUCCAUUGUUUAUUCCUAGUGAGUGUUAUAUCUCUAUAAAAAGUAAUAUGUACAUUAUAUGGUGUUUCCUAAGAAUUUAUUCUAUGAAAUCAAUUCUAAUACUUAUUGUAAAGAUAACAAAAUGUUAGUUACUGUUUUUCAUCUUCGAGCCCGAUUUCUACAAAGCGUCAUGUUUCCCUAAUUUUCUUAAAUGUGGUUGGUUAUAGAAUCGACAAGUUUUCGACAGCGAUUUAGUGGCAAGCUACAAUAUCUUUUCUUGUUCAAUAAGUGUAUUACCGUACAAUGUUUCUCGUUGUUAGUUAUUACAAGAGGUUUUAAAAUCUUGUUGUUUCGAAAUUCAUUUGACAUUUCGCAUUAUCUUCUUUAUAUGAUUAUUUUUAAAGCUGUUUUUUUUUGUAAAUGUCCGAAUUAUUAUUUAUUAUAGGGUUGAAUUCACAGUGGCAUAUUGUUAGAGUUGCAAAAUAAUCUUAUUUCGUUAAUCAUAAUCGUAGUUGGUGGUUAAUGGGUUAGGUUAGUGUGGUGACCUACACUUAGCGCGAGCCAACGAAGUUCCAGCCACCUUUUAAGAAGAUAAAUAAAACAAAGAAAAGUUAAAUGAUUCUAUGCCAAAAAACUAUUCUGACCGUGAACUUUCUGCGAUAUGAUGGAUUGUGGAUAUGAAAUUUAUACCUAAAAUUAUUCGGCUUACAAAAUUAUGCCAAAUAAUUUUUUGCGGAAUGAAGUUGAUGAAGAUCUAUUUUCUGAUAUGCAUAAUAAUUUAUGAUAUUGAAAGUUCUACGAUACAAGAUAGACCCAUUUUGAGAUUAAAAAAACUGAUAAAUUGUAAAAAAUACUAACCGAUUUGAACCUCCUCCUUUUUGGAGUCGAUAUAUAAAAGCCAUUAAUAAAAAAUAUAAGGAGAUCACACAGCUGUUGAUAAAAAUAAUCAAAUAGUGAUCUCCCAAAAAACACAAUCUAACGAAUGAAGAUUGCUAAUAUUGUACCUACCGGUUUAUAAACUUGCCAGAUUUUCAAUUCAAUAUCUGUGAAUCGAAAAUUUUUCGUUUAUCUGGCAUAUAAGUUCCGAAUAGGAUAUCAGGUACUCUCUAACUUGGCCAAUAGUGAAAAGGACCCUAAAAUAACUUAAUGUCACAUAUAUUUUUAAAACUUAGGUAUUCUACUACCUAUCUUGGCAAAUUAUAAUUUGAUAAUGGAUUUAACAAUUUAUUACGUUCAGGGGCCGACCGAGGAUAUCUUAACGCGAUUUAAUUGUGGUUACUAGAAAAAGAAAUCUGUAUAUGGAAUGUAGAGCACACAGAACACAGCAGGAGAUUAAAACGGUGAUCAUACCAAGUUUGGUCAAGUUAUGAGUAUUUGCUCACACUAACUGUGGCGUGCCUGCCCCACCUAACCUGUUUACCUCUUUCUGUGUUCUGUGAAUUGUUGUUGAUGUGUUGAUGUGCCAAAAGCUUAUACAACAUAGCUGUUAUUCACUACGAAUUUUGAAAUAUUUCAAUAUGUUUAUUGUUUAUUUCAAUUUGACAAAUAACAUCUUCCUAUUUACAAUUUCGUAUUUAUUUGUUAUACAAACCUUAUAAAUGUGAAUAUAUAUUAGAAGUACAUAAUGAAAAAUAUUUGUGAUGGUUGUAAGUUAAAUAUUUACAACCAAAUGAUACCCUAUCGAUAAAUUGUGUGAAGUUAAUAGACUACAGUAAAAUAAAAUCAAAGUCAAAAAUAAUAAUAAAAAAGAGAAAGAUAAAUCUAAUGAAAUAAAAUGGUUUAUUA